AUGGCUCACCGUAUAAUAACACAAGUCGUUUUCUCUGGUGCCCGAAUAAUAGGCCGCGCCGUCACCGAGUCCUACAAGCAAGCGGCCGCUUCUCAAAAGUUUGCCGCGGCGAACCAGAAUGGUGGCGGAGGAGGAGGCGCCUUCUCGGGAUCCUCGAACAUUACAAUGGAUGAGGCGUGCCAGAUCCUGAACGUCAGCCCCGGAAAGAUGGGACAUAUAGAACCGGAAGCCGUCACGGAGCGAUUCAAGCGGUUGUUCGACCUCAACGACCCGCAAAAGGGCGGUAGCUUUUACCUGCAGAGCAAGAUACUGAGAGCGCGAGAGAGGAUCGAGAGGGAGCUACAAGGACACCAGCGGAUGGCUGAGAGGGAGAAGGAACUGAGCGACGGGUUCAAGCCAAAGUUUACGAAGGAGGAUUGA